AUGACGGUAUUCAUUGCGUCUUUAUUUCUUCCUUAUACAGUGAACUUCCAUGUCCAUAAUUCACGCGCCGGCCACACCCCGGCAGGCCCCCCAUCUGCAAACCCGACUGUAGAAGGGAUCACCCCCAUUGUCCCAGCUCCUCAAGCUGCUGCCAGCCUGUUCGGGCAGUCAAAACCCGGAAAAUCAACUGGUCUUACUCCCGGGGCCACCACAGACCAUGAGCGCAUUUUUGCGUCCAACGUAGCUCAGGCGGAGCAAGAGAAAACCGGAUAUCCAUUCCCACCUUCUGUCGAUGACAACCGACUGCUGACUGAGAGUGAGGGCCACUCACCCGCAUGGGGAGCCACAACUUCACUGAAUCAACCGAAGCCCCAAACAACUCUGUCGCCGGAUCCUUCUAUCCUCAAGCACCAAGAUCCCCAUCCCGCCAAGGAAUCCGUGCCGCAGCGGGUUCCCCCUGCCCAGCCUGCUGCGCCCUACACCGGCCUGAGAAAAGGCAGUGUAGCGAAUCGCAAGGUUUCAUUUUCCAAGGCCGAAUGGACCAUCGAGACUGCGGAGCAAGGAAAUGGUGGCCUGCGCAAUGCGGUCCGUUCUGCGACGGACGCGGGGGUCUUGGAAGAAAUGAUGUGGGUAGGCACCCUGGGCAUGCCAACUGAUGCUCUUGCGAAGUGGACUCGUCGAGACAUCUCAGAGAAGUUGGAGGAUGAGUUCGAGUCAUUGACGGUGUUUGUAAAUGACGGCGACUUCGACGGCCACUAUACGCAUUUCUGCAAGACCAUUCUUUGGCCAGUAUUUCAUUAUCAGAUUCCUGAUAACCCCAAGAGCAAAGCAUACGAGGAUCACUCAUGGAUCUACUAUGUUAAACUCAACCAGGAAUUUGCGGAUCGCAUCGCUAAACAUUGGAAACGAGGCGAUUCGAUAUGGGUCCAGGAUUAUCAUCUCCUUCUUGUCCCAGCGAUGCUGCGCAAGUUGAUACCCGACGCGCAGAUUGGAUUCUUUUUGCACAUUGCGUUCCCGUCAUCCGAGGUGUUCAAGUGCUUGGCACCCCGCAAAGAACUUCUCGAGGGAAUUCUGGGCGCCAACUUGAUCGGCUUCCAGACUGACGAAUACUGUCGCCAUUUCCUGCAGACGUGCAGUCGAAUUCUCUGUGUUGAGGCAACACCUGAAGGAAUUCAACUGGAAGAUCGGUUUGUGAACGUUGGCACGUUCCCGAUCGGUAUCGACCCAACCUCAUGGGAUAAACGUCGCCAGUUGACGGAUGUGGAGCGAUGGGUCGACACGAUCUCAGAGCGCUACCGAGCAAAACGCCUUAUUGUCUCGCGCGACAAAAUUGAUUCAGUCAGGGGCAUUCGCCAGAAGCUUCUGAGCUAUGAGCUGUUCCUAAACAGCAAUCCGGAGUGGGCAGAUAAGGUCGUUUUGAUUCAGGUUGCAACAAGCACCACAGAACAACCCGAACUUGAAGCCACACUCUCUGACAUCGCCAUGCGUAUCAACUCCACUCACUCCACUCUCGCCCACCAGCCUUUAGUCUUCCUCAAGCAAGACUUGGCCUUUUCGCAGUACCUUGCCCUUAUCACUGUGGCAGACGCCCUCAUGAUUACGAGCUUGCGCGAAGGUAUGAACCUAACAAGCCACGAGUUUGUUUAUUGCCAGGAUGGUAGCUACGGCGACAAGGCUUAUGGCUCUUUGAUCCUCAGUGAGUUCACCGGCAGUGCAUCUGUCUUUGGAGACCAUGCCCUUCUGGUCAAUCCCUGGGACUACCGCCAAUGCGCCGAAGCUAUUCAUACCGCGUUGACGCGUGAUGAGAAGGAGAGAAAGGAGGUCUGGGAGCAGAUGCUUCGCGCAGUGUUGCAGAAUUCAACAGCCAAUUGGGUUAAGUCAUUCAGUGAAACUCUGACCCGGGUUUGGAACGAACAAUCAUCGCGGGAGAUCAUGGCAGUACCCAGACUGUCUGUUUCCCGACUGACCGAUCGCUACCGCAAGUCAAAGCGACGACUCAUGAUCCUCGAUUAUGAGGGUACGCUUGCCUCAUGGGGCUCGCCUCGUAGCAUCAUUCUGACCACGCCCCAACGUGCAAUCACGACUCUGACGGAACUGACUGACGAUCCGGCCAAUGUUGUCUACGUAAUGAGUUCCCGCAUGCCUGAAGAAAUGGAACGACUAUUCCGACAGGUCCCCAACCUGGGACUGAUAGCCGAGAACGGAUGUUUUGCUCGCGAACCACAAUGUGAUUCAUGGACCCAUCUUGCAGACAAAGUUCACGUCAAAGCAUGGAAGUCAUCUGUUUCCCAUAUCCUGGCCUACUUCAAUGCUCGUAUCGAGGGUAGCUGGAUUGAAGAGCGUCAUUGUUCUCUGGUUUUCCACCACGGAUCUGCUGAAGACCGCCACAUUGCAGCACGACUUGCUGCUGAGUGUGCUGGCAACAUCAAUGAUGCUUGUGCUGACCAAGGUGUGCACGCUAUUCCGGUCGAAGGCGCAUUGGUGGUGGAAACCACCCAUACCAACAAGGCAUCCGCUGCCGAAUUGGUGUGGAAAUGGUUCUCGACACAUGCCGAGAACGAAGAGGAGGUCAUCAAACCCGAUUUCCUGCUGAUUGUUGGCGAUAACCGUGAAGAUGAACCUGUCUUCCGUUGGGCCAACAAGCUCCAGACGGCCAAGGCUGUCGAGCAUGUCAUAACAGUUACACUUGGUUCACGCAGCACAGAGGCCAAAGCUACUUUGACACAGGGAGUGACGGGUGUACUCUCUUGUCUACAACAACUGGCUGCUUCCCAGGACAAAACAGCAACAGCAUUGCCCCUGCGGCAGUGA